AUGACGUUGCUGGAGAAACCGGAGAGAUUCGUUUUUCUGGCCGUUUUCUUUAGCCUUUCCUCUAAAGGUGCCUACAGUCAGCUGGAGGUUGCUCCCGCCGGUCCAACUCUGGUGAAUGCACUCGCUGGCAGCAAUGUGACUCUGUCUGUGUCCUUCACCGGUGCCCCCGACCCAGCCCUCACCUGGUUUAUGGGAGAUAUUCCCGUUGUGACGUGGACUAUAGACUCCAGUGAUGAUCCAGACGUGGCUGAAAACCGCAAGAAUGUGCUCAAGAUUGAGCGAAAUGGAUCCCUCAGCUUUGUGAAUGUGCCACUUGGAUACACAAGUAGCUACACUGUUGAGAUGACAAAGUCUGGAGUUGGAAAAGCAUCGACGACUUUCACUCUGAACAUAUUUGAAAACUUCCAGAACCUGAUUCUGAGCACUCAGCCAGAUUUUGCGAAAGAGGGAGCGGAACGGUUCACCUUGCGCUACAGCAUGCUGCAAGGCGUGGUCGAGCAGCAGACGUGGUUCUUCAAUGGCAGAGAGAUAAAAACCGACUCGCACUACUUGGUGGAGCAGAGGAGCCUCGUGAUCCUCAACCCAAACCGAAGCGACUCGGGGCAGUACUCGGUGCACCUGACGAACCCCUUUAGCACUGCGACUGCUCUUAAGAAUGUCACUGUGAGAUAUGGACCAGAUGAGCCCACACUUGAGGUCCAGCCAGAUAAGCCCUCCUAUGUGGCGGGAGACUCCGUGAGCCUCUCCUGCCGGGCUGAGGGAUUCCCACAGCCGACUGUCCAGUGGGUCUUUGGUGGUCAGAUCCUCUCUGAUUCCCGCGAAGGAGUCCUAAAUUUAGCGAACGUACAGGCCAGUCAAGGAGGUGUUUAUACAUGCAGUCUGCUCAACGAGGACACGAACGAGAAGCGUCAGAAGAACCUGACUUUAACUAUUUAUGACAGACCGGUGGGCAACCCUGUGUGUUCUGUGACGUCUGUGGGUAUCACUCACCUGCAGUAUCGCUGUGAGUGGACGGGGGGAAGCCCGCAGGCCAACCUGUCAUUCCCAGACCUAAGCAUGAGUAUUGAGGCAGGACACAUCAGCCUGAACGUCAACGCCUCAGAUGACCUAAAUGGGAAAACUGUGGCGUGCAUGGCAAACCAUCCACUGGAACAGAAUGAGUGCAAUGUUACUGCAAGCAGUCCAGAAGAGUUCCGUCCAGUCAUAAGAGCAGUUGACUCUGAUGGCAAACUAAAGGUCACAAUCGAUUGUGUCAGUGAGGCCUCACCUCCGGCUGUGGUGUCGUGGUACCGAGGCGGUGAGGCUGUCGCCAGCGGGACAACGCAACAGAUCAGCAACGACACCACACAGCUCCAGAUUCUUGAUUACAGUGUCAACAGCACUCUCCUGCAAAACUACACCUGCACGUGUCGCAACCCACUCGGCAGCUUAAGGAAGGAAAUUCUGCUGCAAGGACCGUCGAUCUCAGAUUUCAAUGUGUCCACUAAUGGAACCGUCGUCACGUUGACCUGGGAGGUCCCGCGUGCGUCUGUUGUUACGGGGUUCGACAUCGAAAUGAAAGGGCCAAGCCAAAACCCUAACACCACUCACGCUAACUCAGACGGAUACCGCGUCAUCCUGCAGAAACCAGGCUCUGCUAGGACAGCGACAGUCUUUGACCUCGAUCCCGACUUGACCUACCGUUUUCGGGUCGUCCCCAAAGCUCGUCUCACAGUAGGACCGCCGUCUGAGGCCCGCAGGAUUGGUCCAGGUGAAGGGCUGAGCGGUCCUGCCAUUGCUGGCAUCGCAGCCGGAAUCCCCUGCAGCCUUCUCUUCCUGGUUCUGCUGGGCGUCCUCAUCUACUUCUGUGUCUACUGGUACAAGAACAGAAAUCAUCAGCCAAGAUAUCCAGCCUCCAGAUUCCCUGAAAAGGUGAAAACGAUCCAACCAGACAUAACUCCUCAUAACAUGCUGACAGGAGACAAGAAGGCUCCUCCUGACUACAACAGAUUACAGCUGACUCCCUCGGAGAGAUCCGUGGCUCUGCCCACAUUUGUCCCUCCACCGCCUCUAAGAGUCGCCACAACUGUCUAAUUGAUGUACAUUUUAAUUUGUAAAGCGCGAUUUAUUUUUUAUGUUUUUAAUUCACUGAAAGAUGUCCUCUGUAUUUUGUAUAUAUAUAUUUUUAUUAACUAAAAUAAGGAUCAGUGUAAACAUGAUGCUCAAAAAAUGUUAAACAAGUCAAUAGCCUGAAAUUUCUUGCAUGACAGUAAAUUACUCAAAACAUCAAUGAUUUUGGAAUGAAGAUGAAUGAACUCCUGUUGUUAGAUACUGUCACCCUCAAAUCCUUGGUAUCCAUUUUUUGUGAUGUUCAGUUUGCUUUUAUGCUGUGCUAGU